UGCAUUUUUUUGGAAGGAAGAAAAUAAUAAAAAGAGAAAAAGGGGUCCAAAUUAGUCGGGGGAGGAAAACAUGGCGACGGCUUUGUUCAACACGACCACCACACGCUCCUCUAACCUCUACCUCCUCCACCACUCCAUUCUUCCGCGGCUUCACUUUCGCCGUCGAAGUAUCUCCUUACUCGUGACUCCUCGCCGCCUACGCCGCAUCGCCGUCGCUGGUCCUGAUCCGCCUCCGCCUGAGAACACCACUCAGCUCGAAGGUCUUGUGGGAGCUGUGACAAGGGUUCAAGACCGUGUAAAGAUCUUCCUCGCAGUGCUGUUUUGGAUGUCUCUCUUCUUCUGGGUUACUGUGACCGAUGGGAGGGGUAAAGGAGGAAAAGGGAAGAAGGGUUCACGUUUCAAAUAAUCUUCCCAGUAACUCUCUGGUGAAUCCUCGUCAUCAAUACUCUACGCUUUGUGCAUAUAUGUCAAUGUUCGAGAGGUCAUUCUCCCCAAGUAAGCAUCUUUCUUGUAGACCAGUUAUUUAGAUGAUAGUAGGAUACAAUAAUACACAAGAUGAUUCUCUGGUUGUUAUCUUUGUUAAUGCUAUAGUAUUAAUCUAAUAUAUAGUUUAUCAUCCC